AUGCCUUUGACACACACUGAAAAAACCGUUUUCUUCAAGUAUGAUGGAUUGACGUUUGAAGGAAAUCGAUUGACAAUGAUAAGAGGAUUUGUGGUUGAACAAGAACGCGCAAAAAAGUUUCAAGGAACCGUUGGUCCUCUUUUACAGCAUAUGAACGCAAUGCAAAACGUUGAACGCGACAAAACAUACAAGGCUGUCAUUUCUGGACAGCUUUCGGAGAUAAAUACUGUUUGCGGAUCAAAUCGAUUUGCAACUGUCAGUGCGUCUAGCAUUACAGAUUCUGGUUUUGAAAACCAUGAGGUAACAAUAACCGAUCUACAUUUCCGUAUGGCUGGUGGAGCAACAAUGAUAAGACGACGGCCAAGAGAAGAAGAUGAAAAUAAUAAUCGGCAAGACAAACGAAGACAAAUUGAUGAUGAAAACGACACGAUAUUGUCAAAUGGCAUAGAUGAGGAGCAGCAUGAGAACGUUGUAGAAGAUGAGGACAUCUAUGAAGAGCGCAAUGAUUACAUUUACAAUAUUUAA